CAUAUUCCUGCGUCCUCAGUCUGGUUCACAUGCUCUUUGAAACAGUAACCAGAAUGGAAGUGAAGUUAUCAAUGACAAACUUCUGCUCUUUGAAGCAAAGCUGAGUGUUGCCUGAUCACCGUGAAGUUUGGCGAGAUGCGGCUUCUUCGGCUUCUGCUGCUUUUUCUCUCUUUCUGGACGUCACAUUCAGUGUUUAAAAUACCCUUAAAAAUCUUUGCAGGGAAUUUCAACGCGUCCGUGCAGUUGGACCUCAGGCCUUUGAAACAGAAUGAAGGCGCAGUUCAGAGCGGACUGUCCCUGGCAUCGGAUCCAGCGGGGACUGUCAACUUUCUAGACAUGAUCAAUAAUUUAAAAGGAGACUCUGGGAGAGGUUAUUAUAUGCAGAUGGCCAUUGGGACACCAGGACAGACGCUGAACAUCCUGGUCGAUACUGGAAGCAGCAACUUUGCUGUAGCUGCAGCAGCACAUCCCUACAUCACACAAUUCUAUAACACAGCACUUUCCAGUACAUAUCAAAGCACCAGGCGGGCCGUUGCAGUGAAAUACACGCAGGGAGAAUGGGAGGGGGAACUGGGAACUGACUACAUCACCAUUCCUCAAGGACCCAGUGGUAGCAUCACCAUCAGCAUUGCCGCAAUUCUCGCCUCGGAAGGAUUCUUCCUACCCGGGAUCAAUUGGCAAGGCAUUCUGGGCCUUGCAUACCCUCUCCUGGCUCGACCUGACCCAUCUGUGGAGCCCUUCUUCAACUCUGUUGUGCGGCAGACCGGUAUACCAGAUAUGUUCUCAUUGCAGAUGUGUGGUUCAGGAGUCUCUGCUAGCACCCCAACUGAUGCAGCAGGUGGCAGUCUGAUCAUGGGAGGGAUUGAACCAACUCUGUACCAGGGUUCAGUGUGGUACACCCCAGUCCUAGAAGAGUGGUACUACCAGGUGGAAGUCUUGAAGCUUGAAGUUGGAGACCAAAAUUUAAACCUGGACUGCAAAGAGUAUAACUCAGAUAAAGCCAUUGUGGACAGCGGGACAACUCUAUUGCGACUACCUGCAAAUGUGUUCAGUGCUGUGGUGGAGGCCAUUAUGCAAACAUCAUUGAUUGAAGACUUUUCUGCUGGAUUCUUUGACGGCACCAAGCUUGUGUGCUGGAUGAGAGGGGAGCCACCAUGGAGGCUUUUUCCUAAACUCUCAAUUUACCUCAGAGCAACAAACAGCAGCCAGUCAUUCCGCAUCACCAUUCUGCCACAGCUUUAUGUCCAGCCAGUCACAGAUAUCGAUGGCACAUUGGACUGUUUCCGUUUUGGGAUCUCCCCUUCAGCCAAUGGCUUAGUUAUUGGAGCCACUGUGAUGGAAGGCUUCUAUGUCAUCUUUGACCGUGCACAAAAGAGGGUGGGCUUUGCAGUUAGCACCUGUGCAGAAAAUGGUGGUGUACCAUUGGCGGAAAUCGCUGGGCCUUUCCUAGCUGAGGGUGUAGCAUCAGACUGCAUGGGCGGUGUAUCUCUUAGGGAACCUCUGAUGUGGGUGAUAGCGUACACUAUGAUGGGCAUAUGUGCCCUGGUGCUGAUCGUACUCCUCAUACUACUCAUACUGCCCUGCCAACGACACAGAGACGGUGAGAUUACUGACGAGUCUUCGCUGGUGCGCCAUCGCAUCAAGUGACGUCAGGGGUCGAUGGAAGAGCAGGUGGCACAGACUCAGCUAAAUGGGACUGAAGAGAAUUAUGGGCAGGUAACAGGGGUGAACACAUUGUGCUGAAAUUUCCCCUGGGAUCACUGGGUGAGAUGGCCUGUUUUUCUGGGAGUAAGCUGGAUGCUAAAAUUUGAACGUUUGUAGACAUUUAAAUUUGGUUGACUUUUCAGAAAGGAAGAGAAGAAUACUACUGAAGGAUGGAGAAAUUAUGAGUAUAUAAGUCAAUCCUCCACUUUCUCUAUUAAAAAGAAAUCAUAAAGGUGCCAAAAUAUUAUAUUAGUAUAUAUAUAUAGUAUAUAUAUAUAUUAAUAAAUAUUAGUAUUAAUAUGGUGUUGGCUGAAGAUAGAUUUGAUCCGAACAGAUGUUCAUUUUCUUCAAAGUAUGCUGCUUUUCUUAUUAGUCUUAAAUAUGAUUGUCAAUAAUGCUACUGAAAAUUGCCUUUAUUAGUUUGGUCUUAAAAAGUAUCUGGACACUUAAGACACAAUAAUGUAUGAAAAUAAUUGCAUUAGAUACAUUUUCAAACCAAGCAUAUCUGUAAACAAAUGAUGAGCCAUUUUUGUAUUUACAGUACAUUUAAGUUCACACAGGUUUAGUUCAUCAUAUUAAUUAUGGACAUGUUCUACUAACAUUUGACAACCAGAAGAGUGUCAAAAUACUUGCAAUUAUGCUUAUAAUUUAAAACUACAAAGUUUUGUGAAGUGUUUUUCUUGGAAAGUUUGCUUGUCCUAUCUUUUUUCUUUUGUUUUAAAUAAAUGCCACUUGAUUUGUUGUAUUUUAGACACUCAGACAUUUUUAAGUGUCCACAUACUUUUUGGGGCCUCUGAACUUAAUCUUGAAUUAGUACAUAUAUAGCAUUGUCUUGGCAUGCUGUUGCACAAAUUUGGGGCCAGUCACAUGAAUCCCCUUGGAGUAGUUAAAAGUUCAGAGCCUACGAUUUUCAGAAAAUCCAAAAUGGCUGACUUCCUGUUGGGCAGAGCUAAUGACUGUGAGUAUGAAAGUUGUUCAGCUUGAUGAGAACUAUAUAUGUACCAAUUUUGGUGACUGUAGGUGAAAAUGGGGGUGCUACAGAGCCCCCCAUACAUGCCCAUGCGUGAACUUUUGCCCAGCCCUAAUGGCCAACGACUCUGAUGUGUGUUCAAAAUUUCAUGAAACUUUAAAUAUGCCAAGUGCCUCAAAAACACCCAAAUAUAGGAAGAAAGGAAUAAUUACAAUUAAUGUGUUGCCAAGGCAACACUAUUUAAGAUAUCAAAUAUCCCUUGACAAUUUUACAUCAGCAGCGUCUUGACAUUAAUCUAAAGAAUUUUGUAGCAAUUCAUGUAAAUAUAAGAGGGCUAUUUCAAAGUCUUUUAAAAGUGCCAUACUUCCUCCUGCCAGUUGGUGGCGCUAUGACCAUGACCCAUAAUAGCCACAUCCAUGUGAUCAACCCUCAUUACCAAACAUACAGCUGAAUUUUCAUCAAAAUCACACAGUGCACACAGAAGAUAUAAGGCACUUCCUGUUUCCCAUUUUCCCUAUAAAUGUAUUGCUUCACCAUGGCGACAUCAUUCGAAAAAUCAAAAAUCUGUUCGCAAUUUAGCAUCUAUAAUGUCUUGGCAUGGUGUUGCACAAAUUUGGUGCCAGUCACAUGAAUCCCCUAAGAGGAGGAUUUAAAAGUUCAGAGCCUGCGAUUUUCAGAAAAUCCAAAAUGGCCGACUUCCUGUUGGGCGGAGAUAAGACUGCAUUUAUGAAAGUUGCCCAGCUUGAUGAGAACGAUAUAUGAACACAGUUUGGUGACUGUAGGUGAAAAAGGGGGUGCUACAGAGGCCCCACUUACAUGCCCAUGUUCAAAGGGGCAGUACAGAGCCCCCCCCCCAUUCAUACACACACACACACACACACACACACACCACCACUGCAACUUUUGCCCAGCCCUAAUGGCCAACAACUCUGAUGUGUAUGCAACAUUUCUUUACAUUUUAAGCAUGCAAAGUGCCUCAAAAACACCCAAAUAUAGGAAUAAAGGAAUAACAUUUUACACCAGCAGUGCCUUGGCAUUAUUAUAAAUAAUUUUGAAGCAAUUCAUGUAAACAAAAGAGGGCUACUUCAAAAACUGUUAAAAUUGCCAUACUUCCUGGUGCCAGUUGGUGGUGCUAUGACCAUGGCCCAUAAUAGCCACAUAAAUGUGGUCAGCCCCCAUUAACAAACAUACAGCUGAAAUUUCAUCAAAAUCAUAUAAUGCACACAGAAGAUAUAGGGAACUUCCUGUUUCACAUUUUUGCCAUAAAGUUACUGCCUUGCCAUGGCAACACCAUUCGAUAUAUAUCAAAAAUCUGUUCACAAUUUAGCAUCUUCUAUGUCUUGGCAUAAGGUUGCCUAAAUUUGGUGACAGUCACAUUAAUCCCCUAGGAGGAGUAUUCAAAAAUUCAGGGCCUGCAAAUUUCAAACAAUGCACAUUCAAUCCAAAAUGGCCAACUUCCUGUUGGGCGGAGCUAAUGACUGUAAUAUUCAAAGUUGUCUGGCUUGAUGAGAACAAUAUAUGUUGCAAGAUUGGUGACCAUUGAAGAAACUGACCCCACCACUUUUGUCAAAAGAUGGCGCUAGAUCUCUCCAGCCACACCCAUAUGUUAACUUUUUCCCAGGCCUAAUGGCCGACAACUCUGAUUUGUGUGCAAAAUAUCAUGAAAAUUCAAGCAUGCCAAGUACCUCAAAAACAUGUGAAUAUACAUAAAAAGAAUAAUGACAUUUAAUGUGUUGCCAUGGCAACACUAUUUAAGAUAUCAAGAAUCCCUUCAGAAUUUGAAAUCUGCACUGUCUUUUCAUUAUUCUAAAAAAAUUUGAAGCAAUUCAGGUAAACAUAAGAGGGAUAUUUCAAAGUCUGUUAAAAGUUCCACACUUCCUUCUGCCAGUUGGUGGCACUAUGGCCAUGACCCACAAUAGCCACAUCAAUGUGAUCAGCCUAAAAGGUCAAACAUACAGCGCGAAUUUGAUGUAAAUCACACAAUGCAUGCAGAAGAUAUGAUACACUUCAUGUUUCCCAUUUUUUUACAUUCAUUUAAUGCGUUGUCAUGGCAACACAGUAUGCUAUAUCAAAAAUCCAUUCGCAAUUUAGCAUCAUCAAUGUCUUGGCAUGAUAUCACCCUAGGAGGAGUAUUUCCAAUUUCAGAGCAUGCAUUUUCCAAACAAUCCAAAAUGGCAUACUUCCUGUUGGGCGGAGCUUAAGAUUGUCAGUGCGAUAGUUGUCCGGCUUGAUGAGAUCUAUAUAUGUACAAAGUUUGGUGACUAGCUCAAAAGGAUUGUGCUAGAUAGCCCCCUGAACAUGCCCAUCUUCUAGGUGGUGCUACAGUGCCCCCUCUACACACCCAUGUAUGAACCUUUGCCAAGCGCAUAUGGCCAAUGACUCUGAUGCGUGUGCAAAAUUUCAUAAGUUUUUGAGCAUGUUAAGUACCCCAAAAGCCCCCGAAACCUUGAAAAAAAAGCACAAUAAAAAUAAUAAUAAAUAUAGCUGCGAGCAGCAAUGACGGGCCCAAGCACCAUGGGUCUAUUUCCACCCGUUGGCUUUCAGAAAACAAUGCAAGGUGGACACAACAACAACUCAACAUUAAUGUAAACUUGGACCCUAAUCAUACAAUGAGUAAUAGAUAUAUGCCACCAUUCCAGUUUGACUACAACUUCACAAAAUUUUCCAUCAGCAGUGUCUAAAGAAUUUAAGCAAUUUGGGUAAAUGUAUUGGUGGUGCUAUGACCGUGACUCACAAUAGCCACAUCCAUGUGAUUAGCCUCCUAGAAAAAACAUACAACUCAAUUUUAAUCUAAAUCACACAAUGCACGCAGAAGAUAUGAGACACUUCCUGUUUGCCUGUUUUUCCCAUUAAUUUUGUGAAUCACCAUGGCAACACCAUUCGAUAUUUAAAAUCUGUCUAGCAUCUUCGAUGUCUUGGCAUAAUGUUGUCUAAAUGUGGUGACAGUCUCAUGAAUCACCACUCAGAGAAUCAAUCAAUCAAUCAAUCUAUGUAUCUCAAUUUUUAUUGAGAGUAAUUUUAUUUAUUUUUUGCUAACUGAUUAAUCUGACAUUUUUGCUAUAAUUUAAUAUAAUUAUUUAUUGAAAAAAAUAUGUAGAUCUAAAGAUUAUAUUGUAAUGAAGUUAUUUACCAUUUUUAUUCAUCCAUAAACCAGAUUUAAAUUAAAUUAACAAAUAUAAUUCAUGGCAUUAGGUGUUAAAAUAGUUUAAGUAGAUUUUAAUAUGAGCACAGAAGUCAUUUAGGCUUGUAAUUUCGUUGCAAUUCUGUUGUAUUUUUUUCUCUGUUCACUGUCAAAAUAAAUGAAGUACAUUAACUUUGAGUCUGCAUUUGUUAGUCAUAUGCACAACUGUUUAAAUAGCCUCUAAAUUAAUGAUGGGCAAAUGAGGACAUAAAUUAGGUUAGAAUACUGCAUGUUCACCCAUAGAAUAAUUAUUCAAUGCAUAAAUUACCAACUGGUUACAACAAACAACUAUUUGUCAUGGUUCCGGCAUUUGUGCCGGCUCAUACUGUUGUUUGUUUUUCUCUAUCCCUCGUGU